AAUAUCGGCGACUGAUAUUCCGCCUUCAACUCCAAAAUCCAAGUGUUGCGAUCGGAUUUUGAGCUUCCCAAUUGCCGAGUCCAUUCCCGCUACCAUUUGUGAAUGUGUUGUUUCAAACAUGCUUCUAUUCUCCUCCUCAUAGACUAAUUCCAUCAUGAGGGCGCAAUUGGCCCGCCAUGCUCGACGGAUCCUUAUCCAACAAGUCCGAUCCCCGUCUUGCGCUGUCUAUUCGGCUCCCCUUCGACGAAGAUGUGCACCUAGAACAAUCAACAAUGGUUAUUCGAGACGAUUCUUCCUCGACGGCCUAUUCGCCAAAGCCCCUCGCGAGAUUCGUCAACCCGAGUUCGAACCAGGAUGGCAGAAGAUUAUGAUUUGGAGGAGUCGCAUGCUCGACAAUUUACGGCCUCCACCUGCAGAAGAGCUUAUCCAGGCAUGGAAAUCUUUCUUCGAAGGAAAGCUGUCAAGCCGAAUGGCAUUGAACGGUACACAAGCGAUGCAAUGCCGUCGACUCCUCGAAUAUCUUAUUAAAGAACGCGAAUUUCCGACCCAGGCCAAGAUUGAGAUCUCCGAGAUUCUGAAAGCCCUCACUGCUCUCGAGAGCCUCCGACCUCGUGAGAGAACCGAGCAUCAUUUAGAUUUCGCCAGAACCCUUUGGUCCGCCAUCAAUAACCCGAAUCUGCAGAAGCCAAACUGGGUGACUAGUGGUUCAAUAUGGUCACAGUACCUCACUGUGCUAUGCACCUUUGGUGGAUCGAAAGAAGCUCUCGAGAUUGCCUACGCAAAAUGGAACGAUGUCAUGGAAUUCUGCAAGAAGAAGACGAAAAAUCCGAUAUUAUCCUUAGCGGAUGGACUUGCCAGGGACGGCUGUGAAGAGGACCUUGUCGAGCUGAUCAACUAUGCCGAGAAGAACGGCUACCCCUAUGACAAGCACCUUCAGCGCGUGCUGGUCACUUAUUAUGCCCAGAACAACCGAGUCUCCGAGACAAAGCAAUGGUUCGAGAAACCACUCUCAUCUGGAAGUCCGUCAAACAAGAUUAUACCCCUAAUUGCUUCUUUUGCUGCCCGCAACAACCUGCAAGAAUGGGCGGUUCCUUUUUUCCUUGAGAUCGGCAACAAGCUCAACGAGAAGCCGGAGCAGCAUUACUGGGAUAGCCUGUUGCAGGCGAUUCUCAUCAUUGGCAAAGGCUUACCAGAGGUGGAAAAGAUGAUAUCCCACAUGGAUAGUUCUCAGGAAGCUAUCAAGACCACCACAGCCACUAUUAACAGUCUUCUCCGAGCUGCUCUGGGAAUGAACGACUCGUUGUUAGCUGAGGAGAUUCUCUCGCUUGCUACAGAUAGGGGUCUCCCGCUGGACGGCGAAUCUCACCUUAUCCUCAUGGAGAUGCGACUUCAUGCAGGCUAUCUGCCGGGAGUUCAUGCAGCAUACAAGAAAGUCACACACCACGAGCCCUGGCAUGUUCAACCUGAUCUCUGGUGGGAUUUCGGUCGACUUGUAAAUGAGUAUAUGAUGACUCUCACGACGCAAUCGACACCAAAUUUCAAGAUCAUCGGCGAGAUUAUCGAAAUGUGUGAGGAGAACCAGGUGCUCCUUGAGCCAGAAACAGUGGCUUCGCUGUGUAUCCGAUUCUUGGAGAAUGAGCAGCACUACGAGGUUAUGGACAUAUUAUCCGUCCACUCGUUCCAAUUCAGCGCAGCGGAGCGAGAGGUCAUUCAAGAUGCAUUCACCCAAUUCUGUGUGAAUCGCGAAACUAGCACUUCACGAGCAUGGAACGGGUAUCAGAUUUUACGGCAGUUCUUCCAGGAUCUUAGCUUUGAGCACCGUGUACAGCUGAUGGAGGCCUUUUUUGAGCGAAAACGUCCAGAUAUGGCAUCCCAUGUCUUUGGUCACAUGCGACAGCACCGAAAUAGCGACUACCACCCCAAGCGCGAGACAUAUAUAUCAUGUUUUGAGGGUUUAUCACGAUGUCCAGAUGAAGAGCCUCUGGACAUCGUCCACAACAUGCUCAAGAUGGAUACAACAGUUGAGCCCAACACCCAGCUCUAUACUUCUCUCCUAUUGGCUCAUGCGGCCUGCGGGAAGACUACCCAGGCAAUGGACUUUUGGCAAGCGAUCACAGCCUCCCAAGAAGGACCUUCUUAUGCCAGUUUAGAAGCUGUGUUCUGGGCUCUUGAGCGUACACCGAAUGGUGCAAGCCAAGCACACAUCAUCUGGAAGCGGAUAAAAAGUAUGGACAUUGAUGUGCCACCGGCAGUAUACAACGCAUAUGUUGGUGCUGUUGCUGGCAGUGGAGAGGAGGCGGGGGUUAAGGAUCUUGUUAUGCGAAUGAGCUUGGCGACUGCGGGCGAGCCAGAUGCAAUGACACUGGGCAUUGCUUUCAAUGCUUUACCAGGGCAGACGCUGCAAUCGAAUUUCAAAAGCUGGGCUCAGGCGAGGUACCCUGAAGCAUGGGCUAGCCUCGAGUCCAAGGGUAAGCGACUCAACAAAGACUCGCUGUGCCAAUACAAGCUCAACAGGGUAAUAAGAGCUUGAAUGUAUCACAAGGAUUUUGCAUAAAACGAAGAGAUGUUUGGAUGUAGACAAUUGUAUCAAUAUGUUACAUAGAGGUUGAGGCUGUUAUACAUAUGACCAAAAAAUAAUGACCAUGACAUCAAUCAUCCCAGAC